UGUAGCUUGAGACAACACUUCAUAGACCUUCUUGAAGCACCCUGUAAUUCUUAAAAGGAAUUUCAGUACAAAAAUGUCUGGAGUACCACAAGUUCUUCAUUCUUGAUUUAUAAGAAUGCAGCAAUAGGUUGUUAAGAAAUAAUGUAUUGGGAGUAUUGAUUGCUGUAUUAUAGCAAAACACUGGCCUAUAUCAGGGAACUUUUCUGUAGCAUUAUGAUUCCACUUUCACUGCUGUGGUUCCAUCCUGUAGAAUUCUGGAAUGUAUAGUUUAGGAAGGAGGUUGAUUUAGAAUUCUCAGCUGAAGAGCUCUAGUGCCUCAUCAGACUAUUUCUCCCAUAAUGGGAUUCAAGACUACAACCCCCAAGAUUCCAUAGGAUACAGCCAUGGCAUUUAAAAGGAAAAAGAUGGUACAUAAUUUGAGCAGUGUGAAAAAAUCCCAAGAGUGAGGAACAACCUAUUGCCCUAUGGGGGUAACUAGACAGCAACUCCCACUGACCCUUGCAAUGUGGACAGAGUUGGAAAAGUGGAAUGAAGUUACUAAAUAUUUUCGAGCGGAGAUGCCACGAAGGAAACACAGGCAGCACUUCAAAAAAUAUGGGAAUUGUUUUACAGCAGCAGAAGCAAUCAGCUGGCUUCAUGAAUUGCUCAGGAAUAACAAUAACUUUGGUCCUGAAGUUACCAGGCAGCAGACUAUUCAGCUGUUAAGGAAAUUUCUCAAAAACCAUGUGAUUGAGGAUAUAAAAGGAAGAUGGGGCUCAGAAAAUCUGGAUGACAACCAUAACUUGUACAGAUUUCCUUCAGCAUCUCCAGUUAAAAUUCUGCCACGCCGACAUCCACUGAGUGAGAGUACAGAGAAUAGGUCCAAAGAGUCUGAAAGUGUGUUUAAAUUACCACAGUACUCAAGAAAGACUCCCAAAAAAUAUAAUUCCCAGGAAUGUCAGGAGAACAAAGAAAAUGUACAAAGUGAAACUAUAGAAGAUGAGAAGGGACAGACAGCAUUUAGGAGGCAGAUAACCCAAGCAGACAUUGAAGAAGUUUGGAGAAACAUCAUUAUGAUACAUUUGCAAACUAUUUUAGGAAUUCCAUCAUUGGAAGAAGUCUUGAACCCAGCACAAGUAGUUCCUCAGUAUAUAACAUACAACAUGACUAAUACAAGUAAACGCGGUGUUGUUCUUCUACAAGACAAAUCAGAAGACCUCCCUCACUGGGUAUUGUCAGCUAUGAAGUGUUUGGCAAACUGGCCUAGAAGUAAUGACAUGGGCCACCCAACAUAUGUUGGUUUUGAACGAGACGUCUUCAAAACAGUUGCUGACUAUUUUCUUAGACUCCCUGAGCCUUUGCUUACUUUUCAGUACUAUGAAUUAUUUGUGAAUAUCUUGGUUUUGUGUGGCUACAUCACAAUUCCAAAUAAAUCCAGUGGAAAAUCAGGUACCCGGAAUGACAUGGAGCUUUCAAAACCUCCCCACUUAAACUCUUUCAAGUCAACUGAAUGUCUUCUGCUAAGUUUGCUCCGUCGUGAGACAGACCAAAAAGAUAGAUCUGAUACUUCUGAAACAGCUUCAGAAAACUGUUCAGCUGAAAAAGGAUGUGGUACAAAGUUACAAUACUAUCCUGUGGCUUGUAAGCAUGCUGCUGUGCAUGAGCUGACAAGCGGCAGUUGUCAGAAUCUUUCCAGAUUGCAAAAUGAACAAGCUCCAUCCCUCAAACUGAAGGCAAGGUGUCUCUCUUUGGAGGGAAUUGGAGAAACCACCUCGAGCAAGUGUAGUAAAGAUGGAUUAAAAACACUUUCUCAAGCUGGAAUUCACAUACGACCAUUUGCAAGAAACCAAAACCAACUGUUGCACUCUGAGUACAAACCAAACUCAUUAUUCAAUCUUUGUCCAGAUAACAUUAGCCAAAGGGAAAUCAAUGGCUUUAGGAGAAUUUCUUCAUCAAAUUGUCGUGACCAAGUGUUACCUAGUACGGACUGCAAAUCAAAACAGCUUCGUCGGUCUCAGAGUUUAUGUGGAAGUAGCAACUGCAGUUGGUGUGGCAUACAUGCUCCUGUUGCAGAGAUCAUAGUGAAGCCACAUCCAGUAGUUCCUCUUGGUCAAAAAACUUCAAGUAUUACCAAAGUGAAUUCUCUGAUAGGAGGUAAACCUGGGGAUUCUGAUAUGGCCAUCAACAAAAGACUCUGCAAAAGUGCAACUCAACUUUCAGAAAACACAUUUCCCCCAAGCUCCUUUAUGUUGACUGGCACAUCACACUUGUUGCAACCUCAUUUAGAAAGAGUUGCUAUCGAAGCACUACAGAUCUGCUGCCUGUUGCUUCCACCACCAAAUCGCAGGAAACUUCAGCUUCUAAUGCGCAUGAUCUCUCGAAUGAGUGAAAAUGUUGAUAUGCCACUACUUCAUGAUGCUAUGGGCAAUAGGUCUUUGAUGAUACAGACAUUUUCUCGAUGUGUCUUGUGCUGUGCAGAAGAAGUAGACCUUGAUGAGUUACUUGCCAUAAGACUGGUUUCCUUUCUAAUGGAUCAUCAUCAAGAAAUUCUAGAAGUCCCAACAUAUUUACAGGUUGCGGUGCAAGACCACAUAGAAACAUUAAAAACUACUCAGGUGGAACAUUUAGGGGAUGAACUGAGCACCAUAUUCCCAACUUAUUCCUUUUGCAAGAGAAUAACAUCUCAGGAAUUUGAUGAACAAAGAAUUUAUACAUCUCAGGCAGCGAUUGCUGAACUUUUAGAAAAUAUUAUUAAGGACAAGCAUUUAUCUUUGAAAGAUAAGAAGAAAAAACUUAAGCAGUUCCAGAAAGAAUAUCCACAGAUAUACCGAGACAGAUUUCCAACGACAGAAAGUGAAGCCAUUUUGUUUGAAGACAAGCCCAAAAUUAAACAGCCAAUGCUCAGCCUACGAAAGCCAAAGUUUCGUACCUUGAGGAAUUAGUGUAUAGCUUUUACAUGAGUAAUGGGGGAAAUGUUCUAAACAAUAUUUAAAUGAGCCUGUGUACACAAAUGUGAAUUUUUAAAAAAAUAAUAUUAAAAUAGGUUAGUGUUUCCCUGCCAUAUAUGGAAACAAGGGCAUCCCUGUUUAUAAAAUAAUCCAAAACUGUAAAUAGAUAUUUUUGUUUGUUUUGAAUGAAAUACAGUGAAGGUGGCAAUAAAUAACCAAAGCAAAAAAGGAGUACUGAGGAAACAGAUGUGAAUAUUUGGUUCUCUGUUUGGGAAAUGCCAUGUUUAGAUACCAUAAUAGGCUGACAUUUGUGUUCAUUUUUGGUGUGUACUGUGUUUUUUCACCUAAGUCAAAAUGUAGUUUAAUAAGGGAAGAUGAGAGGAUUUCAGGAAACUUGAUCAUAUAUCUACAGUUGUGUGUGUUUGCAUGUAUGUAUUUGUUUUUUGCAUUUUGCACUUACUGUACAUCAGUCCACAUAUGGUCUCAAAAGAAUACAUAUUCAACUGUUGUAUGAGGGGCAGGAUACCACACAAGUCAAGAGGAGGAUUCAUGGAUUAGGGACAUAAUGUCCCAUAGAAAAUUAUGAUCACAAGACUGUGGUGCUGCAAAUCAAGCCUUUCACGGGGGGAAAAAUUAUAUUCAACAGCCAUAAAGGACUGGUUCAUUGCUUACAUGGGUAUGAGUGAAAACGUGUUGCACCUGUAAUCUUUUCAAAUAACUGGAAUUGUAUGGCUAAUGGCCACUUAGAUGUAUAAUGACUGUCUUUUUUCUUUCAGUUCAGAUUAAUGGGUUGCGUCCAUACUUAAGAUCAAAAUCAAUCCACCAGUUAGACAAGUGCAGCAGUUUUCUUGGUGUCAUACCCAGGCUUCUGGGUUGCCUGAAAACUGGUUCUGUUUCCUAAUGCUUAAGAACAGUUUUUAAUGGGUCAUGUGGAACUGCAGUAGAAGUGAGAUCUCCCUCUCCUACUUCUGCUGGACCCUACUGUUUUAUCUAUGAAAGUUCAGUCAUAGAUGUUGAAUUUUAGUUGUGGCUAACUUUCCUAUUUGAUUUCAGUAAGACCCAAGUAUAUGUCAUGGUUUGGAUCCAACCCAAAUAUGUUCUUCAAUAAAACUAAAUUGUCCAUAUAUUCCCAGGCAUACAUACAUCUCUUUAGAUGUAUCAAUUCCAGGACUUUUGUGUUCACAGCACAUACCUGUCAGUAUUUAAGUUAAUUAGGUUUUAGAAAUGUAUGAAAAGAUGGUUCAAUAAAACUUGAUUUACUAUGGACAAUCAGCUUUGAGUUCCAAUUCUGGGACGAAA